AUGAAGAGGCCGGGAGGCGAUCGACCGAGGCGACGAUUUCCAUCCUCGAUGCCACCUCGGAACGGCCGACCAGAGGCCGGAAUUCCAGCGGCCACGACGACGGGCGCCCAUCGGGACGCGGGCGCGAGCUUCGACGAGCUCGUGCGCUACGUGCGCGACCGAAUGCGCACCACGGAGACGCGGGCCGCUUGGAGCGUCGAGCAAGUUCUCCGGGCCGGCAUCGCCUUUCGCAAGAUCGAGCGCUUGGCCAACGGCAGGUACAGGCUGGCCCAGGCCAAUCCACCUGGCCUGGCUUGCGUCAUCCGAGAGAUGCGUACCAGCGACGACUCUUGCUGCUCCAGCGACUAG